GUGGUGAUUGUGUAAAACACAGGUGCGAAGGGGGCGUUCUGUUGAUUGUUUGAAAUACACCGUCAGAGAACAUCUGACAAAACUAUCUGCCAGUCUGACUCACCCUUCUUUUGUGGACUUGUUACAUGAAUACUCAACACAGACAAACACAUGUGCGCGCACGCACGCACUCACCGACAUGGAUGCACCUAGUAUGACCGAUGUGGAGUUUGUGUGCGCUGGUUCCCACUGUGGUUGUGACAGCAUGGCAGCGCGGUCGUUAAGGCAUUAUCACAAGGCUUACGGGAGGCCGGGGGACAUUCUGACAGGUCGCUCUUUUGCGGGGUUGCCAACUGACGAGAAGAUCGAUGCGGUGCACGGAGGAAAAGGGGCUGGCUCCGAACGAUGGAGGCACCUCAGGAAGCUAGAGUGCGUGGGCAAAGAGCAUAUAGGUGGGAGGGAUGUGCGUGUGCGGGACCCCAAUCGGCGGGGCGACCUGGUUUUGACUCUCAAUCCUGAGAGCUUUCGGGGGCUGCAAUGCGGAAAUGCGGCUUCUCGACGACGGGGGCACCUUAGGAGGCUACAGUUUGUGGAGGAGAAUGGACAUGUACAGGGGAGGGACGCGCAUGUGAAGGACCUGUGGCACGACGGCAAGCGUGUUCAACAAUGGAGGCACCUUAGAAAGCUAGAGUAUGUGGAGAAUGCACACGCUCUGGGGAAGGACGUGAAAGUGAGGGACUUGAACCAUAUCAACCCGGUUUUGAAUCUCAACCCCGACAGCUUUGCGGGGCUGCGACGCGGCGACAAGGCUUUGCUGGUUAAUUUCUACUCGACGACGUGCAAGAUGUGUAAGGAGCUUGAACCAACUUACUCAGCUCUCGCCCGCCAUGUGUUGAAAGAUCCUUCCUUCCGGUUGCACGUUAUAAUUGCCAAGCUCGAUGCGGAUAUGUACAAAACGCGUGGCACGUUGCAACGCAUCCGUGUGUUCCCCACCAUCAAAUUCUUGCCUAGAGGGGGGAAGCAUCCGAAGGAGUACGACGGUGAGAGUUCGUUGGCGUCGUUCCUCUCCUUCCUGGAAGGUCAACUCAGGCUGAGGAACUUUGGCCGAGUGUACCAGUUUGACUUGCUGGCCCGAGAAUUUUAUGAGGCUCCCAGUGACCCGAAAAGAAUACGAGUGUUUGAGAAGAUGGAAGGCCAAGCGGCCUCCGUGAAAGAGAAAGACGACGUGCGGAAGUGUGCAAUGAUUUACACAGACAUCAUGAGGAAAUCUUUAGAAUAUGGUUUGCAGUAUAUCCAAGAGGAGUAUCAAAGGGUGGACCGACUUUUGGCAGUUCAUAUGCCAGCCAACGAGUACGAUGAGGUUCUCGCACGGAAGAACAUACUCCAAGGUUUCACGUCUGAUGCUCAGAUAGGCUAAACCAUCCAUGAUUCAUCCAUCUUUACCCAUAAAAAAAGCUAUGCCACGGAGAAGGAUUUAUCGGCGCCAUUGUUUCUUCUCUACGUUGAGUUAAUGCUCGGGGUUGCGGUUCACUCGUCUAUGGUGUGCUAUCGAUGUUUGCAGAUAUUUUCUAUGGUGAUGAAUGAAAUGUCUCCAUCUUC